CCUCGAAGAUUUAGUACGUUAUGUCUGUACGCAGAAUGCAUCGUCGAGAUCCUCGUGAUCGUGUUGAUCUAACUAAUGAUAGAUACAUUGGUACUAAAAACCAUCAAAUACCAACAGCAAUGAUCAAAGAUUCCACCAGACUUGCGGAACCCAUUGAACAGGGCUCUAAUCGACACAUGGCUAUCAAGCUGUUGAAAGCAGAAAAUGCAAACUUGGAGAAAAUUAUAAUCAUGCUCAAGACUGAGAACCAGAAUAUCCAAACUAAAAUGAAAGAGCUUGAAUAUCAAAACGACCGCUACAAAAUCACUCAGAACCAGCUGAAAACUGAGCUAAAACGAGAAAGAGACAUGGUAAAGUAUUUGCAUGCUUUGGCCAAGAAACAUGAACGAACGAUACAAAAGAAAGAUGCAGAAUACCGACAAUUAAGGCGAGAAGCGCGAGGGAUUGAACGCUUUGAAAAACCUCCUGAAUUUCUUGACAAAGUUGAACGACCUGAUAUAUGUAUACCUCCUCAAUUACCUCCUAAACGAGAAAACCCUAACAGGAACAAAUUAACGGUACAGCAUAUCCCUAACAAUACAGACUUAGCUGUAAAUCCGACUAGUCCUAUGCUUAAGAAAAGACCUGAGCCGCCUAAGAGAUCUGCAUCAUUUAAUCUUCAACGCAAUGGUCGUCCUUUUGUAAUACCCAAAGAACGAAUCACAGCAAAUGCAUAUAAUUCGGACUCGGCAUUAACUGAAACAUCGUCAGGUAGUUCCAGUAUACCUCGAUGUAGGUCAUCUGACCACAUUCCCUCCACUAAACCUGAUGUUGAUAAUACAGAAUGGGACGAUGUCACUGAUGUCUUAGGGUUUCUAAAUGAAAAAGUCAACCAAUUUGAAAGACUUUUGGUUGAAAGCGGAGGMUCUAACUCAUCAUCAGAAACCAUUGAACAAGGCAAAUAAAAUACAAUUAUUGUACAUAUAUGGGGAAUGUUACAGCAUAUUGUUCAAGCCCUCUGAUACUAUCUAAAGACAUUUGUCAUGGUAAUAUGUGUAAUUAAAGAGAGAAAUAUGGAGAAUCAGACAAACAUCGAAGUCGUUCAUGCGUCGAAUGACGCAUUAUGUUCUAAUAAUUCUAUCAGUAUAAUACUGAAAGUGUGUCUAUGGUGACAUAUGUAUUUUCAUGUACAAACAUUCUAUCUAACGGAAUGCCAAUCACUGUUUUGUAUAAUUUGCUUUAGUAAGAUCAACAACAUGGAGGUCUGUUUGAGUACUCUAAACCGUUAAUCUGUUUUUCCGUAUGAACCAUCGCACGCUGAGCUCUCGGUACGACGUACUGGCCAACGUACAUUUUCUAGAUGCUAGCAAUUCCAUAAGCUAUCCUUACCACAUUUGGACAGUAUUUACGUGUAAUUGGUUCCGUGACUCGUAGUUCAAUAAACGAUAAACACUCUUUGACACUCAA